AUGCCCAAGUUUGAGGAGCUGGAGGCCCAUUCAUCCUGCCAUGUCCACUCCCCCUCCACUCCGAUAACUCCUGACCCCAGCAACCUGAUUGCCAAGAGAUACAGCAUCCUACAGAGAUUGGGCAGAGGGAGUUUUGGCACUGUUUACCUCGUACACGACACCAGAGCAAGGGAUGGGGAGAAACUUAAGGUGCUGAAGGAGAUCCCUCUGGGGGACCUGCUUCCCAACGAGACGGUCCAGGCAUCCCAGGAGGCUCAGCUCCUGUCCCAGCUCCACCACCCAGCCAUCAUCACUUUCUACAGCAGCUUUCUGCAUAGAGACUCCUUCUGCAUCAUCACUGAGUACUGCGAGAUUACAGCAGUGAUCUUCACUGUAACAGCUGCAGCAUCACAACACAGAGAGGUUUUUGUACGAUCAGUAAUAGGGAUUGUAUCACUGUGGUACACUUUUGGUAGCGGCACCAGACUAGAUGUUGGAAGUAACAGUUCCCCAACCCUCACCGUCCUGCCCCCCUCUAGUGAGGAGCUGUCCAGUACAACAACUGCCACACUGACGUGUCUGGCCAACAAGGGCUUCCCCUCAGACUGGACCAUGAGCUGGAAAGUGGACGGGACCAGCAAGAAGCAGGAGGCCAGUCCCGGGGUCCAUGAGAAGGACGGCCUGUACAGCUGGAGCAGCACCCUGACUCUCACUGCCCAGGAGUGGACCAAGGCAGGAGAGGUGACCUGUGAAGCCCAGCAGAAAUCCCAGACUUCAGUCAUCAAGACCCUGAGGAGGGCUGACUGUUCUGGGUAGGACCCCUCAGUCACACCUCUGUGGAGAGAGGAUGCUGGUUCCUCUGCUUUGACUUGCUUAUUUCUAAAAUCAGUCGUUCUCUGAUUUAGUGAUCACUCUGGUGUGGACUAACAGGGGGCUAGGCUUGAGUUCAUGUGUCAAUCCAUUCGGUAGAUUGAGAUUUUGUUA